GAUUUAAAGCCUUUUGUAUAAGUCGAUGCUGCUCCUCACGGCAUCCCAGCUGGUCCGCUUUCACCUCUUUACUCUCCGUGUCAUCGUUGCGUCUUAUUUUUCUCUCCCAGAUCACAGAGAUGUACUGAGGAUGGACUCCUCAUCCAUGUGCUUCCCUCUCUCUUGUCAUUUUUAGAUUUUUUAAGCCACUCCCCUGCAGAGAGAGAGACUAAGAGGGAGAGAGAAAGGGAGACCGAGAGAGAUCCAUGACCAUCUCCCGGGUGUUUAAAAAACUAACUCAGGACAAUGGCAGCGAAUGAGCGCUUAAUUAAAUUAAUUAGUCGUUCUUGUCAAUCUUGGAUUAAUGGCCAACAGCGGCGGUGCUGUUUCGUGUUCUUACUUCUUUUCUCUCUCUCUAUCUCUCUCUCUCUAUCUCUCUCUCUCUCCCUCCCAUAUCACUGAAGGGGAAGGGGGGCUCAUCCCGGCAUCCUGAGGGGAGGUAAUUUGCACGGAUCAAGGGGGCAAGGCGCCGCAAAGUAUAAAUACUGUGACUUCAAUAGAGGAUCACCAGCAGGUUUCCAACUCCGCUACCAAAGGAGGAGGAAUUGGCUGAGAAGAUAUAUCUUCGUCUAUUUUUUACCUUCAUCCACAGUUGGCUGCAUCACCUUGUAUCAUUUUCAAGGGGUCGACUUUAAAACGAGCCACACCAUUGAUGUCUUAAGCUGUCGUGGAGCAAAGGGAGAGAGUGUGAGUGAGUGUGUGGUGUGUGAUUUUUUUUUUCUCCUUAAGAGGAGAGGAAGCCGUGAUGGAAGAGCUCACCGCUUUCGUGUCUAAGUCUUUCGAUCAAAAAGUGAAGGAGAAGAAGGAAGUGAUAACCUACAGGGAGGUGUUAGAGAGCGGAGCAACGCGAGCAGGGAGCAGGGAGUCUUUAUCCGCGGAGCCGGGGAGCCGAGAGGAGGCGGCUGCUGUUACCCGGAACAUUGCUCUCUCACCGGGCAGGGAAACGGACAUGCUCGGCCCGGAAAGAAUCAGGGACGGCGGGAGCCCCAAACUUAUUGACGGCACCACGGAUGUGAAAGAAAGGAAAGAGGACUCGAAACCUAUAGAGGAUGAGACACAGACUAAAAUCAAACAGAGGAGAAGUCGGACUAACUUCACAUUAGAGCAGCUCAAUGAGCUGGAGCGACUUUUCGACGAAACCCACUACCCAGACGCCUUCAUGCGGGAGGAGCUUAGCCAGCGGCUGGGACUGUCUGAGGCCCGAGUGCAGGUUUGGUUCCAGAAUAGAAGAGCCAAAUGCAGAAAGCAGGAGAACCAGCUACAUAAAGGAGUCCUGAUUGGAGCAGCGAAUCAGUUUGAAGCUUGUCGUGUAGCGCCAUAUGUCAACGUAGGGGCUUUACGGAUGCCAUUCCAACAGGAUAGUCAUUGCAACGUGCCGCCCUUCUCCUUUCAGGUGCAGGCGCAGCUCCAGCUGGACAGCGCCGUGGCCCACGCGCAACACCACCUGCACUCUCACCUGGCAGCUCACGCGCCAUACAUGAUGUUCCCCGCGCCGCCGUUCGGGCUGCCGUUGGCGACGCUCGCGGCAGAGACUGCCUCGGCCGCCUCCGUCGUGGCCGCCGCAGCCGCGGCCAAGAACACCAGCAAGAACUCCAGCAUCGCCGACCUGAGACUGAAGGCCAAAAAGCACACGGCCGCCUUGGGACUGUGACGCCAGGGAGGCAAGAGGACACGAAGCGUGGACACUCUGAACUUGCGACUCAAAGAACACUCGACAAAAACACUUACAAAGUGAAAAAAAGAAAAAGAAGAAGAAAAAAAAAAAAAAAAAUCAACGGACAAAGUGAGAAAAAAUAUCCAUGGACGUAAUUUAUGUUUUCCUAUUGAAGAAGGACGAGUAUAAAUAUAAAAUAUAGGCUAUUUAUGAGAUAAAAGACAAGAAAAAAGACUGUGACGUGAUAGCCUAAACAGACGUGAUUUUUGGACACUAAAAGUGGCGGACGGGGUGGACAGCGAGGCUAUAAAGGGUCUUUUGCAGCCACAUGGCUAAGGAAGCCGACGGGACACCCCGAGGAGGUAUAAGAGGAGCAUGCAUCUGGGUCGAUACUUUGUUAAACAAGGCGAACCACUCUGCAGUUGUUCUAUUCUGUUUUAAUAUUUUAUUAUUAUUAUUGUUAUGAUUUAAUUUUGUUCCUAUAUAGAGGCUGGCCUCAUAAUAUUUCAAAUCCUUUUCUCUGCAAAAGGACGGAGUGGGAAUUCUUUGACAAAAUAGGGACAAAAAAAAAAACUGUAUUUCUCAAUCCUCUGUUUCUUGUCCAGUUUUUUAAAAAUUGCCUCUGCAGUGUUUGCAUGAGCUUGUGAGUGUCUGCCCACCCUUUCCCCCCUUCACCUCUCCUCUCUCUUCCUCUUUACUUCCCCUUCUCAGAGGAAGGGCAACUCUCACUUGAAUGUUUGGCCAAUCUGACCUUUCAUGGACCUCUUCUGGUAAAGGUGAAACGGGCGACUAACCAGAAAUGUGAGACUGUAAAACAUGUGCAGGCUACGCUAAACGUUUUUAAUCAUAAUCCGUUCUAGUGUCCAUAUUAGCGAGGUUAUUUACCCCCUUUUAAAGGAGGGCAACAUGCCAAUAAAUGCCAUCUUUCAUACUGAACUAAUACCAUUUAACACGAGGAUUGAAUACGAAUCGGUACGGGCACAGUGUAAGAUAUGUUCAUAUACAAGAAACACGCAUAAUUUUUAUUAUUUAGUGGCUUUAUGAAUGCCUUGUGGGGAAUUUGUUCCUUUUGUAUUUUAUUUGAUUUCCGUGUACCUAUUAAAAACCAUGUGCUUUCUGUA